UAUCAAAUAAUCAAUUUAUAUAUAACUUUAUUCCGCCACUUUUCCUUCAAAACUGUACAAAUUAUAUCCAGAUCUAUUCAAAGCAAACCCACUGAUCACAUCACAGUAUUCUACCACCACAAGAUCUCUUUGCGGCAUUAACUCAAACAAUUUAUGUGCAUCCUUAAUACACACAACAACCAUAUAAAUAUAGGGUAUGGCUAUAGUGCGGGCAUACGGAAAAGCCGCACCGUGCGGCUCUUUUCUACACCUUCGAUUUUGAUAAGAUCGAGUUACAAUGGGGUUGUGAGGUUUAGCAUUUUCGGUGGGGAAGAUAGUAAUGAGAGAGCUUGAAGCCGCCACGAAUGGGUUGUCUCCGGAGAAUGUGAUUGGGGAAGGUGGGUAUGGGAUGGUACUAGAAUCUUCGUCAAGAACCUCUUGAAUAACAGAAUUAGGGUUUCAUUUCUGGUGAGGUAGAAGACAAUCUUUUUAAGUUCGGUAAAUUUUGUUGGGGGUGAAGGUGCCAGUGAGAAGAAGAAGAUUCGCUUACAUCCAUGAGGGAUUUGGGAUUUCUCUUCUUGAAGAAAGUGGGUUACAUUGGAUGACUAUUAUUACCUUUUGGUUAAAGAAUCCGCGUCAUUGUUGGAAAAGAUCGGUUUCUUCCCACUUAUUGGGAGAUUUUAAAGGAGUUUACAAUUGGAUCAUCCUUUCAGAUGCAUAUACAUAUAAAUAUUAUACACUUUCUUUCAUGCUUGAGUUAAAAAUUUCUGACCCUUCUGUUAAACUUCCUCUUAUAAAAUGCGAUGCAGAUUUUCCUUGCUUUAUUGUCUGAAAAAUGAUUUAAUUUGUUUAAGACUUUUUCCACAAAAUCCCUCCCCCCUUCCUCUCUCAUACAAGUACUGCUGAUGUCCUCUUUUUUUUUUAGCUUAUAAUAAACUUUAAGUUAACUACUACUUUUAAUAUAUAGGUUCUAGUGCUCAUUUAUUUUCAAUCUUAUUAACUAAUGUUGACCCUUCAUUUGAUCAACGACACAGAGUCAAAUAUAUGACAAAAGAUAAAACGGCAAAUAAGAAAAAUAAUCUAAUAGAAGAGAAGAAAACACCAAGGAUUUAUAGUGGUUCGGCCCCAAAAGAUGGAAAUAACCUACGUUCACUUAGUGCAAUUAUUAAGAUUGAAUCUCAAAGCAGUGAUCAAAGAACUAGUGUUCUUGAGUUUCACAAACUUUAGAAGAAAUACAAUAAAACGAUGGAUAAUUGUCCUAUAACUCUCUCCUUUUCUCUAUUUUAGCUGAAAGAUUCAGGAAUCAAAAGUUCAUUCCUUGAGCUAUUUCAUGCAUAUUUAUAGGCUCAAUGAGGGUUACAUGAGCCAACGGGUCAUAUCUUUCCUUAAUAACCGCGUAUCAAGGUCAUAAUGAAUAAAUAUUCAAUGUAUUAAUUAUAAGAUUACAAUUUAAGAAGGAAGCAAAUCAAGUUAUACGACCAGCUUGGUCGUAUCUAAAUAUUAAGCCCCGACGAAGCGAUGUGCUUCUAGUCGAUAGUCAAGCAGUACUUUGGCCACGUGUGAGAAAUCUCUGCCAUGUCAUCAGCAACCGUUUUUAGGGUAAACAUUUGCCCCCCCCCAAGUUUAUUUAUUGCUACCAGCAAUAAGUAAACUUAGGAAACUGACUCUUCGAAUACCCCACGAAAUCUGUCAGAGCCGGGAGAUCAAUCAUGUCCAAUCAAGUCUUUUCAGUUUCCCAAUAACUUGUCGGAUGGUCAUUACACUUCUCCAUGUUUUGAAAAGUUACCCUUUAUGAUUACCUUGGUAACCGCUCCUCGGCUAAUAUAAAUAACCCUUCAGAAUCAGUUUUUACUUUUUAUGCUUUAACUUUAUCCUCAAGAAAACUGAAGAACCUAGAAACUCAGACGAAUCACGAAGCUCCUGCCCAGCUGAAUCAACUUAGCACCUCAGAACUUUACUCCAUCUUUCAUACAAGUACGUUUCUUAAAACCUUUCAGUUGUUGAUACGCCAUGCAACACUUGUUUAUCUCUAUUUCUGAUUUCUUGGAGAUUUUUUAUUGUUCUUGACUGAAACUGUUUUGGGUAAAUUGAGAAUGUUAACCGAUGCUUGAAAGGGUGAUGAAACAUCGUCUUGUAGGAGUUAAGAGCGUAGUCGAGAUUGUAGAAUUAGGGCGUAAAAUCGAUUUUUCCCGCCCUUUCGGAAUUGAAAAAACUUUUUUCCCGAAAAUUUUUUUACUUCCGUUUUUCAAACUGCUCGUGUAGAACUUAGUGUUUUCGCUAGAAUGCUGCUGGCCGUAUAAAAGCUUAACUUUUAUACGCGAGCAACGUUAUUUUAAUUCGCAACACUUAUUUUUAGGCUUUACGUUCUCACCUCCCCUUUCUCUGUUCGCAGCUUUUCAUGCAAGAUCCGUGGGGAGGUGAAAGGCUUAUCGACGACGACUUGAUUGCCCAAUUAAUUGAAGACGAGGAGCAUACAUUGCUGUUGAUACCAGAAAUUCCUUUUUCUCGAACCCCACCCAAUAGACCUCAGUCAAAUCUUCCAGCCAUGGGUAGAGUAAAAUUCACUUUCCAGAAAAAAAAACCUUCAAACCCUUCAAAUCAGCCUGCUUCUCAGGUUGGAGUUCCCUCGACCAGUGAUCAGGAAAGAAAUAUCCUGACCUUAACAUUCAAACUCGCGCUCAGCCUCGAAACACCAUUCAACCAGAUGUUGAAUGGUACGUGGCCCCUGUCAGCCAGGUAACGAUCAGGAUGAUCGCUAAUUAUAUUAAAAAAUACAAACUUCCUAGGGUGACACUAGUUCAACCUACUCAAGACCAACGGGCGAACUUGCCUAGAGGCGCCUUCAGCGCCUGGUCGAGGUACCACAUCGAGGCAGGAGCGACGCUACCUCUUCAUCCUUUUUUCCAGGGGGUGGCCAAUUAUUUCGGGGUCGCACCUUUUCAAAUAACUCCCAACGGAUAUAGAAUGUUUGCUGCACUCUAUAUUCUCUAUAGCCACAAGAAAUGGCAUGUCCCCACACCACAUGAGGUCAACUAUCUGUUCGACCUAAAAUCUAACCCCAACCAAGAAAACACGGGGUUUUUUCACUUUUGUCACCAGGAAACAGGUUGCACUUUCCUGACUGACACCACUUAUAUCUCGAACGUGGGGAGGUACCAUCUGGUGUAUUUCCUGACGACUGACUUGGUCGCGAAUAACUUGGCCUUCACUCAAGGAGGUAAAGUCUUUGUACCACUGGUCGUUUAUCUUUCUUCAAUUUUUUGCUGCAUUUCCCUUAGAAAUUUAGUGCGUUUCAGGCCCAUGGUUGCGACCAGACCCUACUCCAGACAUGGAGAUGCGAUCAGCCCUCCUGGCCAGCAUGACCGACAUAGAGAAAAGUGUCAAACAGCUGGUCACAGAGGCCAAUCUGAGACUGGUCGGCCUUUUGGCCCCUCAUCAGGAUGUGAGGGAGUCAACAGUGGUGAGUGCCACCGGCGGAGAGGUUCUCGAGCAGCACCCAGACGUGCACAACCCCCUCCGAGGAGGGCCACUGGAGUGACAAUCAGGAAACCCUCCAGCACCCCGCGGGCUGCUACUCCCCCCGCCCCAACGGGAAAGGGAAAAAAGAAAGCCACUGAACCUUUCGAGCCCCUCGAUGAAUCUUCGGAUGAGAACGGUACUGAUUUCUCGCUCUUAGAUAGUUUGCCAAUUCCCUGUCACUUAUUUGAUAAGGACGACAAUUUUAAGUACACUCCCAAUUUAGAUUCAGACUUCUUCAUGCCAAAGAGUGAGUGUAACACUAGUAAAGUAUAUAAUGUAGCGACCAGUAAUGAUAGCUCGGGUAUUUCACUUACAAUUUUCUUUGUUUCUUUUCCUGUCAUAACAUACUCAAUUGUUUAUGCUAUCUCAUUGUUCGUGUAUUUGCUUUUCUUACAGACAUGGACUCCGAGAAUGUGUUCGACAUAUACAAUGCCCCCGAGGCUCCCGAAGCUCCCUCGAGCAAGAAGAAAAUGA